GGCAGCUUGGGGUCUAGCAUAGACCUGCCUUUUGUUAUAACCUCCUCCCCUUAAUUGCGACACUCCGUAUGUGACGUCAUACAGUUUUCUUCCCCUGGACGUUUUUAGAAUGCGCGUACCCUGUAACAUUGGCAGGAAGCGAGUGUCCUGUUAGAGGCGCAAAAAUAAAACAGGACGGGGCACAGCUCGGAAGAGCAAAUUUGUUUCUGGGUUUCAACAUGUUUCUGUGCUUUUGAAAUUACCAAAGAGCGAGGAAAGACCCUGCUUCCCUGGAAACCACCCUUAUCACAAUGAAAGAACCGCUACUGCCAGCAUCCGCCGUUACAUCGGCCCUGCCCGGUGCGUCUCUACAGAAAGCCUGUAAGUUCCUGGUGGUCUUCUGCACCCUUCACCUUAGCGUUACACUGCUCUACUACUUGUCCGGCGCCGAUUCCAGCAUCUUUCAGUACUUUUCGAUAAACCAGCAGCAGACACCAAACAAAAUAAACUCUACUUACAGUACCCCGUUAACAACAACUACUAUCGCCAAAGAACUACCCAGCUGCCCGGACACUUCUCCUCUGCUACGUGGUCCUGUUACCGUUAAUUUCAAUGUGCAAAUCAAUAUAAAGGAAGACAUUAAAGCAAAUCCACAUGUAACAGAGGGUGGUCGCUACAAACCAAGUGACUGCAAAGCAUUGCAGAAAGUAGCUAUCAUUAUACCAUUCAGAAACCGCGAUUUACAUUUGAAAUACUGGCUUCAUUAUAUGCAUCCAAUAUUACAGAGACAGCAGCUGGAUUAUGGCGUGUACGUUAUCAAUCAGGAUGGAGACAACACAUUUAACCGUGCCAAGCUAAUGAACAUUGGCUACGCAGAAUCUCUGAAAGAGUAUGAUUACGACUGCUUUGUGUUUAGUGAUGUUGAUAUUAUCAUUAUUGAUGAUAGAAAUCUCUACAAGUGUUUUAACCAGCCAAGGCACAUAUCUGUGGCUAUGGAUAAGUUUGGGUUUGGUCUGCCAUAUGCCCAGUAUUUUGGAGGUGUGUCUGCGCUAAGCAAAGACCAAUUCAGAAGAAUAAAUGGAUUUCCAAAUAAUUACUGGGGAUGGGGAGGAGAAGAUGAUGAUAUAUACAACAGGAUUGUAACCAAAGGCAUGUCAAUCUCCCGGCCAGAUACCGUAACUGGUAAAUGCCAGAUGAUCAAACAUAAUAGAGAUGAAAAAAAUGAUGACAAUCCAAAAAGGUUUGACUUGAUUUCACAAACAAGACAAACUAUGGAUAAAGAUGGGAUUAAUUCACUGUCCUAUAAAGUAGUGAAGACAGAAAAGCUUCCGUUUUAUGUAAAAAUCACAGUGGAUGUUGGUAUUCCAUCAGGCUAAUGUUUUUAGACUUUAAAAUGCAUUAAUGACUGUUCAAAAUGGCUUUAACAUAUUUGAAUGUGGCCUUCAGCAGCCAAAUUUUAUUACAGAAUUUUUAAAAAAUAUUUUUACAAUAUAGCCACAAGAUUUGGAGUCAAGCAGUUACAAAAUGUUCAUGUAUUUGACCAAAUUAGUGACACACACCAGGAAAUGAUUGUACUACUUGUGUAUAAUGCUGCUAUUUAUUUAUGAAUGUUUACACAGUGAUGAGAAAAUGUAAAGGUAGUAAAGAAAAACCCAGUAAACAAAAAUUCACAUUUAAUGAGGUAAAAUUGUUCAGUGGACAGUUAUAACAUUGUAAUUGUCAUUGUCGGGCACUGCUUAAAUUUGGCCUCGUUUUGUAGGUGCAAAAAAUAACUUGUUUUAUAAAACUGCAUCCUGCUUUAUACACGCAGACUGAUACAAGCUAUAAAAGGCAUAACCUUUUAUAACAUACAGUUAAUCUUUACUUUUUUGGCUAAAGUAUGUUAAAAAAAUCUCUCCACCUGAAAAGGCCUCAAAGCACCUUACAGAUAAAAGAGAUUGUGUGUUGAAGAAUCCCUCAUCAUAUAUACUUCCACCACUUUACACUCUUUUUUUUUUUUCUUUUACCACAUCUCCAUUAUUAACAGGGAUGGUAGGCAACAUGCUUCUAGACUGCAACGAAUUAAAGGGCCACUUGCUGGAACCAAUUUAUUUGCAAUCGGUGGCAUUUCUAUAUGUAAAUGGUCAAAAUGUUAUUAUUAUCAGUAAUGUACCUUGAAACUAUGAUUAAAAAAUGAUGAUGAGUGGGCCAAACUAAAACAAACUAAAAAUAAGAAAUUUUCUGUAUAUCUGUCUAAUAACACAAAUCUAUUUUUAUGAUUAGUAGAUAUGCUAGAAGCCAGAGAAAGUAUUGGAUUGGAACAAUGACUAAUUUCAAUUAGCAUAUCAUCAGACCUCAUCAUCUACAGUUAACUAUGAAUAAAAACACUCCUUCACUGUAACAUCUGAAGCUGGUGAUCAGUGUAGGAUAUGACAAACAAGUGCCUUCUUAUAUACAAGAAAUUUAUGAAAAUUUUGGUUUUUAGAGCAUAUUUAUACAAAGCCUGUUCAAAAUGUCUUUCUAUUGAAGAAAACAUAUUUCACAGAAAACAUUCAUUAAUAUAAAAAAUACAUAAGUCAAAUUUAAGUUUCCUACUGGACAUAUUUCCAUCAUUUAUCAAUUAUAUUUUUGCCAGACAUAAAGCCUCUCUAGGAACCUCAUGAUCCCUGAAACAGAAAGGGAUAAAAAGAUAAUAUUCCACCUUUAUUUAAGACCAAAAGUUUAUUAUAUGAAACUAAGUAUAUUUGAGGUAUGUUGUUUGACUUACUUAAAAUAGAAAUGUGCCUUUUAUGUUAAAUCUCAACAAUCCUCUAUAUCUUUAUACUGAACAUACAGUAUAUACUUAUAUUAAAGUGCCUUGAUUAUAGAAAACUGUGUCUAUGCAGGUGAAACACAGGGUAUCACCAAUCCUGGUGCCUUAAGGAGACAUUUCACGAACAGGAGAUGUAUGUGCUGUAGCUGAGAAUUUUCACCUACAUUCCAACUCACACUCUUUUUGUAUAUGCUGAAACUAAGUCACAUGCUGUACUUAAUCCCACUAUGCUUUUGAAUUAGAUUUUUAAACAGCACAAUAUAUGCUUUGUUGUUUAUAUAUGUUUACAUUGCAUAUUUCAUUUUAGCAGUAAAAUAUUUGGCAGUAAAAUGUUAAACUCUGGGAUCUCAAAUCUCUAGGUGCUGAAACAAUGCAGUAUUUUUUUGAACCAAGAGAUGAUUUCUAUUUAUCUAAUGUAUGAAUAAAGAUAAGAUGAGCUUGUGAUUCUGUGCAUGUUUAAACAAAACACAUAUCAAAAGACAACUUUUUUUUUCCAGGCUGGGUUAUUUAACUGCAUGUUAAAAUAUCCAUGAUAUUAUAUUUUAUAGAACCAGAUGGUCAGAGUAUAUUUGGACUUGUGUUACAAAUCAUUGGUGAUUACUCUUUUACUGUAUGUUGUAUUAUGUAUUGUAGGGAAAUGAAUGUGUGUGUUUGAGUUCAAUCUAGCUUUAAUAUUAUGCCAAUGUUGAGGAUGCGGCUAUGCACUGUUAUACAGCAGAUCUAGUACUGAUUGCAAGCUCUUGCUUUACAGUUGCCAAUUUGAAUAUGUUUAUACAUUUUUGCAUUUAUGCAUCAAGAGAAAAAACAGCAGAUGAAAAAGUGUGACAAUAAAAGCAGAAAUGCAGCAAGAGCACAUGUAUUCUCUUGAAUGUGUUAUAAUUUACUGAUAGGCUGCCCCUACUGAUCAUAUUAUUACCAUUUCUCUAACAACCAGAAAUUCAUAGUAGAUGAGGCUUAAAAAACAAAUCCGUAAGUUAAACCCUUUUGUCAAAAACUAGCCUGCCUAACUGCUGGUUGAUCCAGAGGCAGACAAAAAACCCAGUUUGAAACCUUUCCGAUUAGCCUCAGAGUGGGAAAAAUUCAGGUCUUUGAGCAGGUAAUCAUUUGAUAUAAAUUUUGUAUGAUUUUAAUAUUAUUGCACAUCAUGUUUACUUUCAAAUUGUAUCAUUUAAUUAUAUUUGUAAAAAAUAUACUUCAAAAAUUAUUUUUACAUAAAAUGAUAUAAUAAACACAUAUUUGGUAAACUA